AUGGAUCCUCGCUCGCACCCUUCGCGUCCGCCGUCAACCAGUCUGCCUCAAGGCUCCACGCCCAUGUCCUCAACCCCCAUCACCAGUAUGUCGAUGCCUCAAUACUCGAUGCAGGGAGGGUACGCGGCUCCUCAGCCUCACACCCUGCCUCCGCUCCAGCCGCAUCAUACUCAGUCGCCCGCGCCGCACCCGUACAUGGGUCAGCCGUACCGCCCUGAUCUGUCGCGCUUCCCCGCGUCGACUCACGACGUCUACGGGAACUCCUCAGCCCCCAUCAUGCCUCACACCACCAUGGGGGGUCACUCGCCUUCUUACCUUGCGCACCCCAACCACCAGCCCCAAGGUCACCACACCCAGUCCUAUCCUCCUCCCCCUAGUGUUCUGCCUCCCGCGUCGGCCGCGCAGAGUUAUCCGCAGCCCAUCGCCCCCGCGCCUCCUCGUGACCGCCGGGAUUUCAAUGGCAUGCCCUCCGGUGCCUUCAGCUAUUCCGAUACCAAAUCUUGGGGCAUGACCCCUGAUGUUAACGGAGCCAAUGGCUCGCCCUAUGGACCUCCCAAGGACCAAACUCGUACGCAGGUCGUGGGCUCUCAAGGUCGUCGUGGCAUCUUGCCCAGUGUUCCUGGCCGCGCGACUCCAGUCGCCAAUGGUGUCAACGGUACUGCGAAGAGCACCACCAUCCCGGCCAAGGAUGCGGAUGGAAAGUUCCCCUGCCCGCAUUGCAACAAGACCUAUCUCCACGCGAAGCAUCUCAAGCGUCAUCUGCUGCGCCACACCGGUGACCGCCCUUACAUGUGUGUGCUUUGCAAGGACACUUUCUCCCGCAGUGACAUCUUGAAACGCCACUUCCAGAAGUGCUCGAUCCGUCGGGGUAACCCCACCGGCGCGACUCACUUGUCUCACCCCCACGCGCAUUUGAAGCGUUCACAGCAGCAGGCCGCCGCGGCCGCUGCCUCGGCCGCGGCUAACCCCGCGAAGCCUCUCCAGGAUGAAGUCAGUAAUCCCGUCCCAUCUCCCAAUGGCAUGAUGAGUGCGCAGUUUGGCGAGGGAGCCGUGAAUGGCAACGGUAUGGCCGCUGGCCGUCCCGGAUUCACGGACCAGCAACAUCUGGGAUACGCGAUGGCGUCGGCCAACGGCAUGAAUCGAGGUCCUGGUGACCAAGCGUUCGCCGAUCAGACCGCCAAUCGAGGUUCCUGGAUGGCUGGCCCCAAGCAGAAUCCCUAUCUCAUGCAUCAUUCCGGUGCCGAAUCCCAUGGCCAGCAACUGAGUGUUGAUCGUCCUCUUGAACAGGUAAAGCCCCUGGUCGUUUCUGACCACAAAUACCCGGUGAUGUCCGGUCACCCCUCGAAUCAGCCUGGCGUUGACUGGUCCGCCUUCCAGAACGGUGCCGAGCACGGUUACAUGAACCCCGUUUUCCCCCACUCCAUGGCAACCGGCCAGGAGCCGAUCCACGCCCCCGUCGAUGGCGACCGCAAGUUCUAUCCCGCCACUACGAACGGCGGACCUGAAAAUGGUAUGAAUGGUCUGUAUCUGGCCUCGACUACCAUGGGCGGUGAUGGCUCCGUCCAGGCUGCUCGGCAGUAA